AUGCAGUCGUCAUGUUUCUCCAAUGUCUAUGGAUCGAAUUACAACGUGGUUGUUUCUGCGCCAACAGGCAGUGGUAAGACAGUCAUAUUCGAACUGGCCAUUUGCAAGUUGGCGGCACAAAAACGGAAAAAUGACUACAAGAUAGUCUACCAAGCCCCUACAAAGGCACUCUGCUCCGAACGAGCACGCGACUGGCAAGCCAAGUUUAGAAAAAUUGGUCUGCAGGUUGCCGAGUUCACAGGAGAUACCUCCGCAUUCGAGGCUCGGAGAGUUCGAACCGCUUCAAUUAUCAUCACGACCCCGGAGAAAUGGGAUGCGGUCACACGGAAAUGGGCUGAUUACGGGAUUCUUCUGAAAAGUGUGAAGCUUGUUCUUAUUGACGAAGUGCACAUCCUAAAGGACGUUCGUGGUGCCACGCUCGAAACUGUCAUUUCGCGGAUGAAAUCUCUUGGAGUUGAAGUGCGAUUCGUGGCCCUCAGCGCUACGAUCCCCAACUCCAACGAUAUUGCGCAAUGGCUCGGUCUCAAUCACACAAGCCCACAGAUUCCGGCUAAAAAAUUUGUGUUUGGUGACGAGUACCGCCCAGUACGACUCGAAAAGAUCGUUCAUGGCUACGUCUUGAGCGGCAAUGACCAUUCAUUUGACAGCGUACUGGACAACCAGCUUCCAAAAAUUAUCACACGAUACUCCCAGAAAAAGCCGGUGCUCGUGUUUUGCUUCACACGGAAGUCGUGUGAGAGUGCCGCUUUGAUUCUGGCCGACUACUGGGACAUGUGCUCUUCCGAAAGCAAGCCGUGGCUAGCCAAGCCUGCGGAAAUAUGUGGAAGCGCAAGGCUCCAAGUCUUCCUGUCGCGCGGAGUCGCUUACCAUCACGGAGGGAUGGAACGACAAGACAGAGCCAGUGUAGAAGAUGCGUUCCUGCGAGGACAUCUCAGUAUAAUCUGCUGCACAUCGACUUUGGCAGUUGGAAUUAAUCUACCAUGCCACACAGUCAUACUUAAAGGAACUAUGGGGUACCACAACGGAAAGUUGGCUGAGUACGACGAAUUCGAGAUUAUGCAGAUGAUCGGACGGGCAGGUCGACCCCAGUUCGAUACCAGCGCUAUCGCAAUCAUCCUCACUCGGGCUGAAACACAGGAUAAGUAUAAAGAGAUUAGCUCCGGCAGCCAAGCCAUUGAAAGCACAUUAAAUCUCAAUCUCAUCGAACAUCUCAACUCGGAGACGGUUCUGGGAACGAUUUCAAAGAAUCCGAGUCACUACCAGAUCCCCGGAUUCAACUCCCGUGCGCUCAACCCCGAUGAACAGUUUCGGGAGAUAUGCAAGGAUGCCAUUGACCAGCUUGCUCAAGCAGGGCUGAUCAAAUAUGUGGACGACGAUGCAACGACUUUUCACGCAACAGACUACGGCCGUGCCAUGUCUACUUUCAUGGUGAAACUCGACACAAUGCGCAUGAUUCUCAACAUGGAAAAGCAUGUUGAUAUGGAGAAGUUGGUGAGCACAACUGAGAGUCGCCUCGAGACUUGGGGCAUUUGCACUGACCAUAAAAAGCUGAACACGAUGUGUCGUGCAACUGAAUUUGACGAGUUCAGGAUCAAGAGCGCCGAGCGGCCAAUACUGCGAGAGCUGAACAAGACUCAUGAUAUACCGUUCAAAUUCAAAGAAAGCAUCACAGAAACUUGGCAAAAGAUAUCUGUGCUGAUUCAGGCCGAGCUUUCACGCGGGGCUCUGCCACACCAGCAACGAAUUGCUAUCGAGGCAAAGCAGGCCUCUGAGUGCUUACAGAGGCUUUUAGAAAGUUAUUCUCUAUGCAAAAUUGCUAAUAGUGAUUCUCGUGGGCUAAAAGUCUCUUUGGAACUUACAAGAAGUCUUUCUGCGAGGGCGUGGGAAGGACACCAUACCCAGCUCUGUCAAGUGCCAGACAUUGGCCCUGCGAAUAUGACUAAACUAGUGGACAAGCAUAUAUUUACGGUAUCGGAUUUUUCCGAUCUUACUUCCGUCCAAAUCGAGAGUUUUCUUUCCAAAAAUCCGACAACAGCUUUAAAAAUAUCUGAUGCUCUAAAGUGCUUCCCGCGUCUACGUCUGGAAGGUCAUAUUCUAAGGCAUCAAAGCCGCAGUUCUGACGAGACGCCUGAACCGAAUGCCAUUGCCAAAGUGACAUUCGGCCACAUGAACGAGAUGGGCAUACCGCGCUGGAAAAACAAAGUACCAUCGGUGACAUUUUUCGCCGAGUCGGGGGACGGGAAGCUGCUACAUAUAUGGCGGGGAAAGCUACAAGAGAAGACGCACCCAACCUCAUUUUUAGUCCCCGCAAAGGAUUUAGGAAACGUUACUUGCCAUAUAGCCUGUGAUGAAGUGGUUGGAACGAUGCAGUCAGAGCAGCUUUCUUGUCUGGAAGGGACGUCUGAUGAUCUAGAGCUGAUGGCAGUACCAAACAGCGUAAAACUUUCAGAGAAGGUGAAGUUAAGAAAACUGCCACAGGCCGAAGGACUCGAGAGUGCACCCAAACGCCAAAAAUGGAACACGACAUACAAGGUGUCUUCCGUUGUCGUUGGGGACAGGGAAUUUGCUUGCAUUGACCUGUCGUCUGUGGAAGAGGGUACCACCACUCAGGAGAUCUACAAGUCCCCACCUCCAAUAAUGCCACGGAAAUGCGAGAGGGAAGACAACAGUUCGUUAAUGUCAUCUGUUUUGUGGAGCAGCAGUGUCCGUACAACAAUGUUUGGGGACACGUUUGGUGAUGGAACGUCGCUAAACCCCUGGACAGUGGCCGGUUCUGAGACGACGGAUGAUUUUGACACGGAUAUUUUUGACGACAUGGAGCCGCCGGCUGUGGAAACCUCGAUGGCAGGUGUUGAGGGAAAGUCUCAAAGUGGAUUGUAUAAGACCGGGCAGGAAAAAUUCAACACUGAGACAGGGCUCAGUAACGCGAUGGUGCAAAAGGACAAUUACGUGGAGGAGGGCCCAGCUGCUAACGCAAAAAAGGCGAAUGGUCCGGAUACUGCGAAUACAAUAGAAACUGGGGGUGUUGAUGCGCCACAGACAGGUUCGCUGCAGCAACUUGUCGUUGGACAGGAUAAUAUUGUUACCCCGAGAGAGGGCUUGGCAGAGAAAGCCACCGAUAUACAGAAAGAUACAUCCGAGCCAGCUUGGGUUGAUUCCUCUGAUAGGGAUGUGAUUGAUUUCUUGCGAGGACACGUUAAGUUUGUUUGA